UCGCCCGACGACGAAUUCAUCUGGUCGUCAGGUGUUUCUAAUACGGGCGAAUGAAAAUUUUGCCGUUAGUUGAUCUUCGCGUGUCGUCGGGAAUUAAAGCCCAACGGGUCGUUGGUUUGUGCAACUCAGUUCCCCAGAGGAGAUCGAAAGAACGGUUCCGGUUAUUUGUAAUUGAACUUGUGUAAGAAGUGUAUUGAUAAGGUUAGACAUCCACCGCAGUGAAAAAGGGCGCCAGCAUUUGAUCUCACGAUCGUAUCUCUGAACAUCCUAAAGGCGUCCCCCGCCAAAUCAUUGGUGUCAGCCGGCAUUGUUGGAGUUUCGUGUUGUGUUUUCGCUGUGCGGUGCUGUGUGUUUCGUCCUACGGGGGUUCAGUGUGAAAUGAGGUGAAGAUAAAAAUACCAUUUCCUGGUGCCUGCUACUUCUGCGUGAACCGAACUGGGUUGAAAAGUUCAUAAGAAGAAGUCACGUGGUGCGCUGUUGAGUGCGCUAGAAGAAAGAAAAAAAAAAUAACCCCGAUUGUGGAGUGGUUUGGUGGGUCAAGAGCGAUUACCGGUAGCAAAAAAUGCUCGAAGACGAAGAUUCCGAUCGUAUCGAGAAGAUCUGCCCCAUAUGCAAGAAGGAGGCUAGUAAACGAUGCUCCCGGUGUGCCAUGGUGUACUACUGCAGUGUGGAGCAUCAGCAGUAUGACUGGAAGGUGCACAAAGCCACCUGUCAUCCAUUUAAAAUCUGCUCGAAUGAACAGUACGGACGGUUUCUGGUGGCAACGCGAGACAUUAAAGCUGGUGAGAUCAUACUGAAGGAGUCGCCGCUGGUACACGGACCGGCCCAAAUCACCGGACCGGUCUGUGUUGGAUGCUUGCAGGGAUUGGAGGAGAAGAAACAUCAAGAAUGUGAACGCUGCGGAUGGCCCGUCUGCAAGCGAUCUUGUCAAGAUCAUCCAGCUCAUCAGGCCGAGUGUAAAUUUACCAUCGCACGGGGCAGUAAGAUUUCCAUCCAGCACUUCUAUGUACCUCAUCCAACAUACCAGUGCCUGAUGCCGAUCCGCUGUCUGCUGCUGGCCGAGAGUGAUCCUGCCCGAUGGGAAGCACUGUUGAAGCUGGAAUCACACGAAGAGGAACGGCGAGGUUCGGAGCAAUGGCGAAACGAUCGGGAAGGGGUAGCCAAGCUGAUUCCACGAUUCUUCAAGUGUGAAAACAAAUGGGAUGAGGACGAAAUUCUGCGUGUGGUUGGCAUCAUUCAGGUGAACGGACAUGAAGUCCCGCUGACGGAACCAUCGUCGGUGGCCAUCUACAACAUGGCCUCAAUGCUGGAACACUCCUGCCGGCCCAACCUGUCGAAGAGUUUCACCAACAGGGGGGAAGUGGUCAUCUGGGCACCGAACGCGAUUCGACGCGGCGAUCGGCUCAGCAUCUGCUACACGGAUGUGAUGUGGACGACGGGCAAUCGGUUGGAGCAUCUGCAGCAGACAAAGAUGUUCCGCUGCGAGUGCGAGCGCUGUAACGAUCCGACCGAGUACGAAACGUACUUUAGCGCGCUCCGGUGUUCCGGGUUUCAGAAGGAUUCAAAGUGCAGGGGUUAUCUGCUGCCGGUCGAUAAGUCACAGUGGACCGGCGAGUGGAAGUGUUUGCGGUGCUCGAAGGAGGUGACGGGUGCGGCCGUGGGACAGAUACUGGAACGGGCCCGCAUCGAUCUGGAAGCGAUGGAGAAACAUCGGGAGGAUCAUUGUAACAAAUACCUGAAGCACUACUCGAAGUGGCUCGCCUCGAACCAUCAGUUUAUGGUGGACGUGAAGAUUUCGCUGUCGCAGGUGAUUGGUGGCAACAAUCCGGAAGCGAUCAAGAAGAUCCCGUACGACAAGCUGAUGAACAAGAUCAAGAUAUGUCAGGAUUUGAUAGCGCUGUUCGAGAAGAUUUGUCCAGCUGAAGCACGUGCUUUCGGUGCCACCCGGUUCGAGCUUCAUGCAGCACUGGCCGAGCUUGGGCGACGUUCCACCGAGGCAAACAACCCAGCUGCAGCGGCAGUACAGCUGGAAGAUUCACUGUACAAUGCAACCGAAUGCAUCCGUAUGCUGCUACACGAACCGUCCGUGCUGAUGGAAAGCAAAAUAUGUGCUCAGGCGCGUGUGAAUGCCAAUACGCUUAAGGCGCUGCUCGGUAUCAAGGAGUAGAAGGUGUAAGAAGGAAGCGAUAAAUAAACCGUAGAAACGUUAGAGCGAGAGAGAGAGAGAUUGAGAGACACAGCAGCGAUAUGUUAAGAAAGCAAAAGAAAAAGUCAUAGCUAAGAUGUGAGUAGCUGCACUGCAAUGGAUGCUACUUGUGGAGCUUAAGUAAAACCACCGCAACUGAUUCCUAGACGAGUGGUUACACGUGUAGGUGAUGUGCACUUCGGGAAAUUGUGUGUGAAAAUAAACGGUAGCUAAUUCACGUUACUGACGUACCUAUUA